UCUUUUAUUUUUAUUCCCACUAAAUGUUUAAAUAUUUUUAAAAAAUACUUAAAUUUGUUUUCAAGAUCAUGCUCAGUAUUUGAUUGUUUGUUACCGGUUACACACUUUAAUUAUAUCAUAAAGAAAGUUUAUAAAAUACCACCUAGUUUGAGAAGAGAAAAAAAAAUAGAGGGCAAGUGACAAGAUAUAAUAAGCGUAGAGAGAAAGAGUAAUGGGAGCGUCAUUUAUUGCCUUGGCCGUUUCAACACUUUACAUUGUCCUGACGAGUUUGUUGGCGUAUUGGGCUAGAAGAUAUGCUAAAUUUUAUACACAAAGGCCUUUUUUACGAGCGUUAUUUCUCGAGGGUAUAGCCACUGCUGAAUUAUGUGGGGCUUGUUUCGAACUUAUUAUAAUUGCUGACAAUUGGGGAGUGUCGAUGUAUGCAAUUUAUUUGUUUGUGUUGACCGUAUGGUGGUCAAUGGUCUGGGAAGACGCAACCGCUUGUCCUUAUACUCAUUUAGAAGAAUUAGUUGAGGGUAAAAAAUCUUUACGAGACGCUUUUCUAUUAAUUUGGGCAGAGCUUGUCGGUGGUCUGGCUAUUUUCAGAUAUGUCCAAUUACUUUGGGCACUGGAGAUCGUAUCUACUCACAAGAACCGAGCGUUUGAUGAUUGUUCAACUGAUUUACAAGUACCAGUAAUUAUUGGAGCCUUUAUUGAAUGUAUUGCAACAUGUAUGUGUCGGGUCGUAUCCCGUGGUCUAGGUGAAUUAAAUUCUAAACUCGGUUCUAUUAUUGAUGCAUUUGUUGGCACUACUCUUGUGGUCGCAGCUUUCAACUACUCAGGUGGAUACUUUAAUCCUGCUUUAGCGACUUCACUAAAAUACGGCUGUCUCGGUAGCACGUUCAUGGAACACGUGAUUGUUUAUUGGAUCGGUGCAUGUGCUGGUUCUAUAGCAUCCUUACGAGUCUACCAAUUGCCAAUUAUUCAAAAUUAUCUUCAAAGGCUCAAAAAUAAAUCUGAUUAAAGCACAAUAUUAUUUAUUAAUUAGUUUUAAGUGUACAGACAAUAAUUUAGAUAAUUUUUUAAAUUAUAUUGUAAAUAAAAGUAUUAAUAGGGCUUCCAUGUAAAUUGUAAAUGAUAAUAAAAAAUAAUCAAAAAUUUUAA